UUGGACUAAUGUGUAGAUAUAAAAUAGUAUAGGGGGCAAGAUGCAACUCAUUCGCUUUUAGGAGAAACCCUGUCGCAAGUAGGGUUUUAACCUCCCUUCUCUUCUUCUUCUUCGAAUUCCGUCGACUGCAAAAAAUGGGAUUGAAAGCGAAGAAGAAGUCAGCUUCGAAGAGUUCGAAGAAGGCCGCCGCUCAGUUUUCUUCUGCUUCAAAAGCCGAAGGCGCUGAUUUCUUGCCGUUGGCGGGUGGUCCGGCGAGGGGUAUUCCGAAGACUGAGAGUAGUGAGAACAAAUCAACUGUGUUGUAUAUUGGGCGAAUCCCUCAUGGGUUCUAUGAGACUGAGAUGGAAGCUUUCUUUAAGCAGUUUGGUGCGGUUAAGAGACUCAGGAUCGCUAGAAACAAGAAGACAGGGAAAUCGAAGCAUUUUGGAUUCAUUGAAUUUGUGUCUCCUGAGGUCGCGAAAGUUGUUGAAGAAUGCAUGCAUAAUUAUCUAAUGUACGAGCACCUACUGCAAGUUAGCCUUGUUCCUCCUGAGAAAGUCCAUCCAAGAUUAUGGAAAGGUGUGGGCCGUUCUUACAAGCCAUUGAAUUGGGUUCAAAUUGAGAGGAAGCACCAUGACAAGGAACGGACCCUAGAACAGCAGCAGAAAUUAGUUGCUGGUGUACUGAAAAGGGACCAAAAGAGACGAAAGCGAAUUGAGGCAGCUGGCAUCUACUAUGAGUGCCCAGAAAUUGUAAGACACUAUGUCGCUUCAUUAAACUUUGCUGAUAUCAGAUUGAUGGUAGAUAGUUUCCGUGUGGUGCACGACAGAUGUAAACGAUCAAUUUUGGUUUCACUGAUGAUUCUAUCAUGUCAUUUGCAGGUGGGCUGUGUGCAGCCUACUCCAAAGAAGAUCAGAUUCGCAGAUUAGAGAGGGGCAUUUGGUCGCGAUCGACGUGAGCUGUUGUCUACAAAGAAACAUGCACUGAAAACUCAUUGCCUACAGAUAAUGUCGAGAAGAAGGAAAAAUAUGACCAAGUUAUAGCUAGUCUUCAUUGAAUGGGGAGAUCUUAUGCCAAUUUUUGUAUUUAUUUCACAGAUUUUGAUAGUGGUAGUAACCAAAGUAUGCUUGCUGACUUCUACGAAUUUGAUAUUUAGAAUAUAUUUGAAGUUUCAAUGGUUGAAGAUCCAAA